AUGGACGCCCAGUUCAUCGAGAAUCAGGCUAUCAUCAAGGCAAAGCUGGCUAUCUGGCCUCCCACGAAGUGGCCGGUCACGGAGGCUGAUCUCGUGCCCGCAAGACGUCCCAUGAAUUUCAGUCUCGUCUUUGAUGAAUCCCCGCCCUCCACCACGGAUUCCGAGUCCCGCUGGGGUGGAGAUCAUGCGAGUGAUAGAGAACCUUCUGAGUACUACGAUGAGGCCAACGGAGCUCCUGGCUGGCCUUCGCCUACGAUCCACGACUAUGACCGCGACGAGGAAGCACGAUCGGAUGAGGUUCCCGGUGGUUGGCCUGCACACCCUGACGACUACGCGCGCGAUGAUGGAGGAAAGUGGCGAACUGAAGUUGAUGAAUCGCUUAUCUACAGAGACUCGGGCGCCCAGCAUAACGACCCGACAGACGAUAAGGAAGGACGAUCUUCCGACGAUGCGAACCUUCAGGGAGCACGAUCCCACCAUGGUGAAGACAGUUGGGGAGGAACGCCAAUGCCCAUGCAGCGUUCCAGAGCGACACGGGCAUCUCGGCCUUCUAACCUCGCGAACGAUGAGGGAGCCCGAACCACUCACGGUCAUGUGAACGAUUGGUGGGUCCCCCAGCCUACAAUUCAUACCUGGGGUGAACCCGCCGAAACCGCGGACGAUGAUGAAGCACGAUCUGCCGACUACGAGGAUGACUGGGAGCACAGGCUGACAAUGGCGUGGCUAAGCGCUGGGUUCCAUCGCCUGAGUUUGCGUACGAGGAAGCCGGAUAUGCCGACUCCGACAAUCACUGGGGAACACAGCCUGCCAAUCGCUCGGACGAUUUCUGGAUUCAACCAGCUAAGUCUACGAAGGAGAAGGAAGCACGAUCUGCUUUCUAUGAGGACGGCCGAGGAGGACAGCCUGCCAGCUAUGAGAGUGCAGCCGGUGAUGGUGAAUGGUGAAAAGAGCCUGAAGGGGGAGCUCUGGACAGCGAUGGGAAGACAUUAG